GGGGCGCAAUUUCUGGGUCGACAGAAUGCUACUUAAAUGAUGUGUAAUACAGCGGUGUUAGUUUCUUAGAUCAAAGCGAGAUUACACGUCAGGUGGACGGGAAAGUAAACAGGCAUUCGCGUACGAAAAUAAUAGACAGCAUUUGAAAAUAUCAGCAUAGUCAUGAACACAUAUUUUGAUCAACAAUCUUUUGGAAGCGAAAGCAUAAAUUCUAAAGACUUACAGAAGAAUGAAGUCAAGUUAGAAGAGGCAAGCCCGUCACCCGAUGAUGAUAACAGCAACCAAGAAAACAGUAAAGGGUCUACUGAAGGGCCUGAUGGUGAAAAAGAUUCCAGUGCAAAGCCACCGUUUUCUUAUGUUGCUCUGAUAGCAAUGGCCAUCAAGGAUUCAAAAGAAAAAAGAUUGACUUUGAGUGAAAUUUAUCAAUACAUUAUAAACAAAUUUCCGUUUUACGAGAAGAACAAGAAAGGAUGGCAGAAUUCAAUCAGACACAAUCUCUCGCUGAACGAGUGCUUUUUGAAGAUACCAAGAGAAGGCGGUGGGGAAAGAAAGGGCAAUUACUGGGCUCUCGAUCCAGCAUGUGAGUAUAUGUUUGAAGACGGUAAUUAUCGCAGAAGACGUCGUAUGAAGCGACCGUACAGAACGGCAUCUCAUUAUCCGUUCCAAAAUGGUUACUAUUAUUCCGAUCCACGUUAUCUCAACUACAUGAAUCAUUUCCACGGCUGGCCAGUGCCAGAUCAGUACUCCCCUUCAACUGAAAAUGCUGCAUUCAGAGGUGGACAGGCUUUCGCAUACCCAUUCAGUUCAUACUCGACUUCUUCAAGCACACCGAGCCAGACCAUGUCGACUUACUCUAAUCCAUACGGGUAUUCCAGUAGCUCACCUUCAGAGCAAACCCCAGCAUCUCCUCAAUACCAUUUUCCCUACUCGUAUCAGCCAAGCUCAUCACUGCAAUACCAACAACAUAGUUCGUCUUCUUACCCUUACUACAAGACCUCAACUGAAAGUAGUGGACACUGGAGUGCAGUUGAUGAAAGCAGGGUUUAUGAUUCUAAUUAUUCGACUAUAAUGUGAAACGCUUUAUAAAAUUCCUUCUAAUUAUAUUGAAAUAGAAAAUAUAUCUUUCAAGGUUAAGAUUUGUAACAUAAAUGGACCUUUUGACGUGCAGAUGAACCUUAGUUUGCCAAAAGUUAAUUUUUUGUUUAUAAGGUAUUUCAAUGUAUUUAACAUAUUUUAAAAAUUGGCUUUGAAAAAGUCAAAAGACAACACAAGCAUAUUUUAUGUUUAUUUAAAUAUGAAUUACUUAUAUGUCUAUUCUGUGGGUCACUCUAAGAAGAAUUUUUUGGCUAAAAAGUAGAAUUGCGAUUUUAGAAAUUUAUAGAGUCGGUUGAAAUAGGUAAGCAGUUCUUGCAUGCUUUAUUUUACAUUCUAUGAAUGAAAAAUUACUUUCUCAAUCUUAGAUUGUUGUGACACGUUUACCGAAUCUUUCUAUUAUUAUGUGAUGUUAUGUUAACUAUAUUAUGAGAAUCGUUCACCAGUUUUUCAAGAGUAGGUUAAUUUCAUUUUCCUAGGGCUGCAAUCCUUACACCUGUGCAUAUUAUUUUAAAAUACAAAAGUUAGGUAUAAAGCACAUGUGUCACUUACCAUAUUGAAAAGCUAUUGCUUAAUUUUUUAUUGUACAGUAUUAUAUAAGUAGAUAUUUAAAUCUAAUAUGUCAUGAAGAAAAAAAAGUAUCUUUUCGUUUUCUGCUGAAAACUCAGUCUUGUGCUCCUGUUCAAGGCAUACCGAGACGUACUAUGCAAAUUUCCGUUUUACGGGAGCAGCAAUUUCUUUAUGAUGCUUAAGCCACUGAUACGUGAAAUAUCAUAUUUGAAUUUUUAUUUAUCUAACUUACUCUAUCAAGAAGUAAACAAUCAUUGAAAGUUAAAAUGGGAUUCUAUGAGGAGUCAUUCGUCUCUGUGCUGAUGACGAAAUGUUAAAUUAUGCUUGGUCAGUCUGCUGUUUGUUGGUCGAUGGGUGCAUUAGUUUUGAAGUAUCAAAUUGGACAUCCCUACAAAUUCUUACCUUUGCAGUUACACAUUUGCAUUGAAGAAAACGAGCCCUACGAUGACCAAAUUAUUAAGAAGCCAUGCUUGUCAUUUCUAAAAAAAUCCUCUUCAAAAAAUAAUCUUUUCCACAUUAAGACACCAGAGUUUUAGUAUAGACAAGAUAAAGAUAAAGAACUCCUUACAAAUGGCUGGGUGUUCUACUCCAUGUUAUCCUAGUUAAGUUUUUGUGCUUUCAAAUGGUAGCUCUUUAGUGAUUGGUAAUGAAGAAAUCUUUUGGCAACUUUUGGCAAUAAAGUAAACAAGAAGGUAUCAAUCCCGAAUUCAGUUUCGAUAAAAAUAUGCAUGUAUGCAUAUAUUUUGCUUGUUUUAAAUGGGAUGCUAAGAUGCAUUAGUAAAAAUGGGAAAUAUUAAAUUGAUGUUGCUGUUUCUAAAUUUUCUAAAGAAUGAAGCUGAACUUAAUAACAAAAAAGAGCCAUUUAAACCCCCCUUGCAGAGAUUAAUAUUUCAGCACAGUUUGCAUUUCUGUUGCAUUUCUCGUAGAAUAUCAUGAACGGUGCUACACGACUUUAGCGUAUUGUGCAAUAUAAGCAAAAUUGCAGCCUGAGCAGAAUAAGGAGAGAGUUGGGAAUUAUGUGCAGAAAAUCUUAAAAUUUUUUUGUGUUUUUUAUUAAAUGCCAGUUUACUUGUGUUCUCAAAGCACGCAGUUUCACGUUGGUUUUCAUCAAAUUCAUAAAUUAAAUCGACUAAUGGAAGUAAUAUAGUAGAAAUAUCUCCAAUUCUAUUUAGUUUCCGGCAAGAGAAUCACAAGGUGUGGUCACUACGAGAAAUACGGUCAUGUAAAUGUUUAAUGACGGUGCUAGCGUUUGGAACAAAAUUCAGAAAAUUUGGCACUUGAGGGAGGAGUCGGUGUCCUUGAUUUCCAUUUAGACCUUUUUAAUAGAGGAAAAAGAACAGAUAUUUUUUAUAGAUGGGGGCUGCAGCUCCCCCACCCCUCGACAUAUAUAGAGCCUACCGCAUUUGAUUGUUUACUCUUAAGAAUUUUAAUGUAAGUAUCAUCAACAUAAGUUGAUUUGUCAAAAUUUUAAGGACUUUCGUAGACUUAUUAGGUUUACGAAUGCUGUCCGUUCUUGUUGAUGUAGAGGAAGAGCUGUACACAAAGAUAUUUCAACUACAUCAUGUCAAGUAAACAUAACAAGCUUCUUUUUAUUUGCUCACACAUGGGCUCUCAAGAGGAUAUUACGGUGGUGAGGUUGAAAAUUGAUAUCAAAGAAGCGAUUUCAAAACAAUUUGGUGUCGAGAAAGGCAACUACCGCCAUAAUCCUAGAGUAACAACCCGGAAACCAUUGGUAAACAAACUGUUAUGUCCGUAGGAACAGAUUUAUAAGAAUAUGAGGUAGCCACUUUGGAAACUCAUAAAGAUAUCAAGAAUAUGUAUCGGAUGCUAAUAAUAAACUAUCUUUGUAUUACUUUGAGUCAAGCAGUUAUCCAAAUAUAAGGGAUCGGUGAGCCGGUUAUCCUAAAUAUAGCAAUAAAAGUCAUCAAUUUUGGCAGGCGUCCAAGUCAAUAAAAG